AUGCAAAGACCGACUGUCGGACGUCAUCACCGGAGGGCGGCAACGACGGCCGCCCCCGGAUCGGGCGGGAAACGUGUACAGUAUUUUACUACGCGCGUUUUGGCGCGGACGACAAACACGGUUGUCGAAACUGGGUUACCGGGACGGCGGGGCUGCCGAAUUCAGGUCGUGUCACGUCCGUCCACGGACGUUCGGGCCGCGGGCACUAGGGUAUCAGCCGUCGCGCGGCCGUCGGGUGCUCCGGUGUCGGCGGCAAAGGAUACGGGCGGCGAAGGACACGGCGGCGGCGAAGGAGGCGGCGGCGGGGGCCGCGACGACAGCGCCCUCCGCAAUAUGGGACCCUGGUGCUCGCCGAGAAUUCGUAAUACUUGGAUUGCGCAACCUGAACGUCUCGGGUUUACCGUACACCGAGUUUAUUACUCUGACUGCAACUACUACGGAAACACAUUCGCGGAACGCGUGCGGUGCAUAGCUACAGGGUGGCGUGGUCGCGGCGUCCCGCGCAACAAUGUUAUUGCUGCGCGCGACGGGCCCGUGCGGAUUUUCAACGGUCAACAACGUUUUCGCCGCGAAACAUUUGACGCGGGCACGCCAUUAUUGCGUCGAAUUUUCGUAAUCGUUUUGGGAAACGGCCGUUUCCUAAAAAUAAAACGCCAAUCGAACAGUGCGAUUUUUACCGUCGAAACGGACUCGAAAUCUACACGCUGA